AUGAAUAAAAGAAAACAAUCACUAACAGCUUUUAUGAAAUUAAUGAAUUACAAUUAUCUCAACAAGGUCGGAUUUUAUAUACAUAUCAGCCCCCUCAAUAUGCAAAGGUCCCAUUUAUUCAUGUAUACAUAUCAGCCCAUGCCCACUCAACUUGGGAAGGUCCUAUCUAUAUACAUAUCAGCCCCCUCAAUAUGCAAAGGUCCCAUUUAUUCAUGUAUACAUAUCAGCCCAUGCCCACUCAACUUGGGAAGGUCCUAUCUAUAUACAUAUCAGCCCCCUCAAUAUGCAAAGGUCCCAUUUAUUCAUGUAUACAUAUCAGCCCCCUCAACUUGCAAAGAUCCCAUUUAUACAUGUAUACAUAUAAGCCCCCUUAACUUGCAAAGCCCCAUUUAUACAUGUAUGCAUAUCAGCCCCUUCAACUUGCAAAGUCCCAUUUAUACAUGUAUACAUAUCAGCCCCUUCAACUUGCAAAGCCCCAUUUAUACAUGUAUACAUAUCAGCCCCCUCAUCUUGCAAAGCCCCAUGUAUACAUGUAUACAUAUCAGCCCCUUCAACUUGCAAAGCCCCAUUUAUACAUGUAUACAUAUCAGCCCCUUCAACUUGCAAAGGUCCCAUUUAUACAUGUAUACAUAUCAGCCCCUUCAACUUGCAAAGAUCCCAUUUAUACAUGUAUACAUAUCAGCCCCUUCAACUUGCAAAGAUCCCAUUUAUACAUGUAUACAUAUCAGCCCCUUCAACUUGCAAAGAUCCCAUUUAUACAUGUAUACAUAUCAGCCCCUUCAACUUGCAAAGGUCCCAUUUAUACAUGUAUACAUAUCAGCCCCUUCAUCUUGCAAAGCCCCAUUUAUACAUGUAUACAUAUCAGCCCCUUCAACUUGCAAAGGUCCCAUUUAUACAUGUAUACAUAUCAGUCCAUCUUUUAAAACAAUCAAACAUGAGAUGCAAAUCAUGCAAUCAAUGAAAUACCUCAAACAUAAGUAA